AUGUCUCGUGGACAUCGUCAGUCAGAGAGCAGUUUUGGCCCGGAUGCGAAUGAUUCAGAUGAAUUCGAGGAUGACGAUGACUUCAUUGAGAAAGACGAAGAGGAUGAAGACGACGAUGAAGAUGAUGAAGAAGAGGCUGCACGAGAAGAGACAGAAGAACAAGCGACUAUUCAGCUUGAGAAAGCCAAAGUAAGUCUUAGUUUUUCAGGGAAGUGGAGAAAGUUCGGUGACCUUGAUUGA